GUCGCGACGUGCGCAGAAGUGCCGCGUGCCGCUACGAUAUCGACAUGGUGGAUGUGUCUUUAUAUGUGCGUCGUACCCAGAAUGGAAUUUUCAAUUGGAUGGUACCUUUAUUCACACAAAAAUGCCAGUUCUCAACUGCUGUUUGGGAUGCCAGGGCCCAAUGUGUGGGCCGUGUGGCCCCGGCGCGGGCCGUUGCUCCUGCGGGAUGGGGCCCUGCUGCGUGCACGCACGAGGGGUCCAGUGCUGCUCACCCUGCGGUGACCGCGGCGUUAUACACGGGGCUCGCGGCGGCGCCGCAGGCUCGUACUACAGCUGCGGGCACGGCUGCAUCGGCGGCUGCACCGGGGGCGUCUGCGCCUCCUGCUGCGGCCCUUGCUGCGGAUGACCUCCCAGAAUCUGUGCUGUGAUGUCUGAAGUCUUGUCU